CAUAAAAUACCAUUCAACCAAAAUACUUUCCACCGUUUUUCUUCUUCUUCGCACGUGUAACCACAAUAACAAAACAGCACGCGGAAAUAUUACAGUAAACAAUGGAAAUUAGUAAAAAGUCGAAGAAAUCGAAGAGCGCUAAAAAGUCGAAGGCUCCCAAGGAUUCGGCCAUGUCCCUCAAGUUAAUGGCUCUCCAGCGCAAGCAAAAGGAGGUGGCUCGUGUGCUCACACUUAAACAGGAGAUUUUGUUAAAGUCUGGAGUAUCCUACCUGGAGUACCAGGAAAUUCGGGCAGAGAUCGAACGCCUGAAUUUCUUGAAGGAGACAUUUUCGCGGCGGGCGGACAAGUUGAAACAACAAGACAAAUAGCACCUUAAGGCUAAAUAUUUUUAGAAGAUAAUGAAAUUCGUGGUUUUAAGUUCAACGUUUUAAAAGUUAAAUCUAUAUGCUUGUAUAUUUCUAACAUUAAUUUCGAGGACACUGAUAAAUGUAUACAGUUAAAGCAGAAA